AUGGUCAACUCCUGUCGUGGCUCCCUCUGCUCUGAGCAGGGCUGUGGCCAGGCCUCCUCCCAGGAGACCUGCUGCGCCCCUUGCUGCCAGCCCACCUGCUGCCGCACCACCUGCUGUGCGACCACCUGCUGCCAGCCCAGCUGCUGCUCCCCCUGCUGCAAGCCUUGCUGCCCCCCACCUUGCUGCUCCCCCUGCUGCUCCCCUUGCUGCCGCCCCAGCUGCUGUAUCUCCAGCUGCUGCCGCCCCUGCUGUGGCUCUAGCUCCAGCUGCUGUGGCUCCAGCUGCUGCCGCCCACCCUGCUGCAUCUCCAGCUGCUGCCGCCCCUGCUGUGGCUCCAGCUCUAGCUGCUGUGGCUCCAGCUGCUGCCAGCCCUGCUGCCGCCCCUGCUGCCGCCCCUGCUGCUGCCUGCGCCCCGUCUGUGGCCAGGUCUGCUGCCAAACCACUUGCUACCAACCCACCUGUGUCAUCUCCACCUGCCCCCGCCCCACGUGCUGCGCUACACCCUGUCCCUCUGCCUGUAAUCUGUGA